CAUCAUCAUCGUUCGUACCGUACCUGAAAAUUUAAAAAAAAAAAAAAAAAAAAAAAAGAACCGAACGAUUACCGAACCUAAAAAGCAUUUCAUUCUUGUUUAUGAUUAUUAUCAUUAUUAUUUUCUUAUUUAUUUCGCAGAGAACUCUGAAGAAGACAAAGAUAAACUUAUCAAACGGCUCGUCGUUUAUAAUUCUUCACUAUGUUUUCCAAGUUCUUCCAAAAAUCUACACAGAACCAACACCAACACCAACAACAACAACAACAUGAACAUCAGCAAGAGCAAUCUCCUCGGAGGAAGGUACGAUCAUUGGAUUUCAAUCCGAGAGUUAUUCUUCACUAUGGGAUUCCAUCAACGGCGUCGAUUCUCGCAUUCGAUCGCAUUCAGAGCUUGUUGGCGGUUGGAACUCUAGAUGGUAGGAUAAAGGUCAUUGGUGGAGAUAACAUUGAAGGGCUUCUUAUAUCUCCUAAGCCAUUACCCUAUAAAUAUUUAGAGUUCUUACAAAACCAAGGUUUUCUAGUCGGUGUCACAAGUGAAAAUGGAAUUCAGGUUUGGGAUUUGGAAUGCAGAAGAAUAGCUUCUACCUUCCAGUGGGAAUCCAAUAUAACAGCUUUCUCUGUUAUUUAUGGCACCAGUUACAUGUAUGUCGGAAGUGAGUAUGGCAUUGUAUCUGUGUUAAAGUAUGAUGUCGAAGACAGAAAAAUCAUUCUGCUGCCAUAUUAUGUUCCUGUAAAUGUUAUUGCCGAUGCAGCUGGAAUGUCAUUGCCUGAUCAUCUACCUGUGGUUGGAGUUCUCCAUCAACCUUGUUCUCAGGGAAAGAGGUUGCUAAUUGCAUUUGAGAAUGGAUUGAUUGUUCUCUGGGAUGCUUCUGAAGAUCAAGUUGUUCUUGUUAGAGGCUGCAAGGACCUUGAAUUAAAGGAUAAAACAGUGGUUUAUUGUUCAGAAGGCACAGAAGAUGAUCAUUCUGAUGACCUCUCAGACCACGAAGAGAUGGAGAAAGAGAUCAGCUCUCUUUGUUGGGUAUCUGAUAGUGGGUCAAUUCUUGCUGUUGGCUAUGUAGAUGGAGAUAUAAUGUUUUGGGAUUUAUCAAAUGCGGCCUCUUCAGAAAGUCAGCAUGUUGGCAAAUCAACUAGCAAUGUAGUAAAGCUAAAAUUAUCAUCAAGCAGAAGAAGACUCCCUGUCAUUGUUUUACAUUGGUCAGCAAAUAAAUCAUCUAAUCAUCAUGGUGGCCAACUCUUUGUCUAUGGUGGAGAUAAAGUUGGAUCUGAAGAAGUUCUGACAAUUUUAAGCCUUGACUGGUCUCCAGGGAUAGAAAGCUUGAAAUGCGUUAGCCGCAUGGACCUUACACUUAAUGGUUCUUUUGCCGAUAUGGUUUUAUUACCAACUGCUGGUGAAGUUGAGGGCAAUGAAAAUUUUCUAUUUACAUUGACAAAUCCCGGACAAUUGCAUGUUUACAGCAAUGCCAGCUUGUCUGCUAAAAUGUCUGAGCAAAGGAGAAAGACUUCUGUUCCUGCUGUGCAGUAUCCAAUGCUAAUACCUAUUGUUGAACCCAACAUAACAGUGGCCAAAAUUAGUCCAGUGCAUAGAGAUGGAGAGUUUUCCAGGGCUCUUCCUGAGAUAAUUGAAGCUGAAAAACUUAAUGCUACACAGUCACCCGCAGAGGGUACAAGGUGGCCUUUGACCGGUGGUAUUCCAAGUCAGGUUUUUGAUGAUGGCAAUUAUCAUGUUGAGAGAGUAUAUAUAGCAGGAUAUCAAGAUGGAUCUAUUCGAAUUUGGGAUGCCACAUGUCCGGUUCUGUCACUUAUCUAUAUUUUUGGUCCUGAGGUCAAGGAUAUAGAAAUUGCUGGCAAUAGUGCACCAAUAUCUGCAUUGGACUUUUGCUCUUUUACUUCGAGAUUAGCUAUUGGCAACAAAUGUGGUGUGGUUCGUGUAUACAAGCUAAAAAGGAGUUCGGAUGAGAAGCAGUUGCAUGUUGUGACAGACACUGGAAAUGAAGUUCAUGAUUUGCAUCAAGGGGAUGGGCCUUAUUGCACGGAGAUGUUUUCAAUUAUCAAUUCUCCUGUAUGUAUUCUGCAAUUUGCAAAUUCUGGAGCUAGACUUGCUGUAGGGUUUGGAUGUGGGCAGGUUGCAAUGCUUGAUAUUUGUACAUCAUCAGUUCUGUUUCUCACAGAGGGUGCAUCAGACUUGAGCUCCCCAGUGACUUCUCUGCAUGUGAACGCGUCAUUAGAUGCUAAUGGCUUAGUGCAGAGUCCAAAGAACUCUCAGUCUGAAGUUCUGAGUGAUCCUGAAAAGGAGAUUAUGUUUGUCAUGACGAGGAAUGCAGAUAUUACUGUCAGGGAUAGCAUAAGUGGCACUUUGGUUAGCUCUCUACCUGUGCACCCAAAAAAGGAUUCUAUUGCAGUUUCAAUGUACAUAAUUGAAAGUGGUGAUUUUGUAUCUGAAGUCCACAAUCAAAAUAAGUCAUUGAACUCACCUCACAUAGCCAAAACUGAAAAUGCACAAGCUAAUGCUCACUCUGAAAGUCCACAGCUUGAAAGUGCAGUUGAUCCCUCCACUGGAAGAGGAUAUUUUGGGAAGGGACUAAUGAACUCAUUCAUUCUGCUUUGUUGUGAGGAUGAAUUGUGCUUAUACUCUUUAAAUUCUUUGAUUGAGGGUAAAGAUAACUCCAUUCGAAACGUGAAUCUUGCAAAACCAUGUUGUUGGACAACAAUUUUUGAGAAAGAUGAGAAAGAUUUUGGAUUGCUUGUGCUCUAUCCGACUGGAGAUUUUGAAAUAAGGUCUUUGCCAAAUCUUGAAGUAUUGGGAGAGAGUUCUUUGAUGUCAAUUCUAAGGUGGAGCUUCAAGUCUAAGAAGGACAGGAUAAUUUCUUCUUCCAAUCGUGCGCAAAUUACACUGGUAAAUGGGUGUGAAUUGUCUUUCAUAUCUCUCAUGGCGUAUGAAAAUGACUUCAGGACUCCUGAGUCUUGGCCUUGUCUUCAUGAUGUGGUGCUUGCAGCUGCUUCAGAUGCCACCUACAGUUUUUAUCCAACUCACAACCAUACAGAUUUAGAGAGCUUAUUUUCUAGUCCCCCAUUCUUAAAACCUUCCAAAGCUGUGAAUGAUGACCUAGGAAUUGUGGAGCUUAAAAUAGAUGACAUUAAUAUCGAUGGACCUCUCAUCGUCUCUUCUCCAUCUCAAAAGGACAUGACUAAAAAGAAAGAUAAGGGAACAGAAAGAGAAAGACUACUUGAUGGUGCAACUGUUGAUGAGCCAAAGCUUAGAACAGCUGAAGAAGUUAGAGCAAAAUAUAGAAAGUCUGGGGAUGCCUCUUCAGCAGCUGCACAUGCAAGGAAUAAGCUUGUAGAACGCGGGGAAAAGCUUGAGAAGCUCAGCCAACACACGGAGGAACUGAAAGAUGGCGCUGAGAACUUUGCAUCCCUAGCGAGAGAACUCGCCAAGCAAAUGGAAAAUCGUAAAUGGUGGCAAAUAUGAUACUCUUGUGUGUUCGGACUUGUUAAAAUAGCUGAAACCAACUCCCAUUAGGCAACGUCCAGAGUUGGCCUUAAUUUAUUAUUAUUAUUAUUAUUAUUUUCCUAAUUUGGUGGUAUACAUCUCGUGUUCAGGUACAGCAUUUAUAUUUUGUAUUUUGGUUCUGAAACUUUGUUGCCUUCGAUUAUUUAUUUAUUUAUUUAUUUUUUCCCUUUGAAAAA